UGUCUAAUUACUAUUAUUGUGGGGUGCAGCACUGCUGGAUGCCCUUUUGGGGAGGGUUGUCACUUUCUGCACUUUGUACCUGGGGGAUAUAAUGCUGUAGCGCAGAUGUCCAGCUUGGGGAACCCUUCUUUUACCGCUGCUUCAAGGAAUCCUGUUGGAACACUCCCAAUAUCUGAUGGUCCUCCAACUCCAGCUGCAAAGACUCGCUUAUGCAAUAAGUUUAAUACUCCAGAAGGUUGCAAAUUUGGAGAGAAAUGCCACUUUGCCCAUGGUGAGAGAGAACUUGGCCGGCCC